AACAAGCUUGUCAUGUAGAACUAAACACAUUUUUAACAGGUGUAUGUUGGUCAAGUAAAUGCUCUGCUGCAUUUUCAACUAGCAUGUCUGUGUCUGUGUUGCUCCCAUGCCUCGGUUGACAGUCCUCUACCCCAGAAGUCAAGGAGUUAGGGGACAGGGAGAGAGAGGGGGUUGGGACAGGGCCUGUAAAUGGAUGGACGGGGAGGGAGAACCUGCUGAGAGGCGAGAACUGAAGAGCGGUUCAAAGCAAACACAAGCUGUUCGUCAGCCACAACAAACAUCUUGGUCACAGACUCUGAGGACACUUGGACCCUUGAAAGGCUGGUACAGUUUUGCUCUAGUGGGUGUAGUGUGGUCGGUGUGCCAGGUGGAGGCGCCGCUGCACCCCUCUCAGGGUGAUGUGUGCUGGAGGCUCCUGUUGGUGUGUCUGCUGUGGAUGGUUCUGGGAGUUUGCGUCUUGGCCCUGAAGUGCCGCCUGCGGCCAGGACAGAGCCGGGUGGAGCCUCCACUGAGGAUACAGCAGGAAGUUGUGACUGAAAACAGGAAUAGCCAGUAUUCAUGGAUGUCCCAGUUGAGGAGUCACAGCCACGACGUUCCUCUGGCCCUCGCCCUGGCUGACAGCCUGCUGCUGUGUGUGCUUCAGGAGCCCCUGUUGGACCCCAGCGUGCCCCACAUAAAGGCCCUCCUCGCCAGACUGGAGUCAGUGUCUCACACACUUGAGAAGGCUGAUGCUGGGUCAGAGGGGACAUUGGAGGAGACGGACCGAGACUCUCAACUGACAGACAAAGUGAAGCUCAUCCGUAACUUCGUGCAGCAGAGGAUGAGGUCACUGUGUCGGCUCGUCCAGGUGCAGGAGGAUUUUGAAGCCAGUGUUAAGGACAUACUGGAGGGCGUAGAUGGCCUCUGGGCUCAGCUGGAGGAGCUGCACACCGGAGUCACGCUCACCAAAGAGGGGAGCCGGAGCCACAGAGACCUGGCCUCGGCCCAGACAGACGCAGCGGCUUUGUUCGCAGUCUUGGGUCACUACAGGAACAGGCUUCAGUGCUGCCAGACUCGUCUGGAGGACAGCACACAACUGCUGCAGGAGCUAACCUGGAGUCACACUCAUAUAAGCAACAGUGUGAGCAGCAGCAGUGAGUCAGUUUGGCCGGAGCUGUUGCUUCAGUCCAACAUUGAGCAGUUUGACAAGGUGCAGGAGAGUUUCCUCUCCCUGGAACAACAGACCUCAACGUUCCAGGCCCACCUGGAGGGACUUGGAAAGGAGAAUCAGGAAGGACACGCAGGGCCCCUCGGUUAUGCUAACGGGGCCCAUUCAUGCCCAGUGUCCCCACAGAGUUCCCCACAUCUCCACAGUGGACGCACAAGCAGUGUGUCACUGGAGCACCGUAACUCGACCUCUGCAUCCGUAUCUGUGUCCUCAGCAGAUGCAGACUCGGACACAGAAGCAGACGCUCCUCUGUCACUGUGUGAGAGGUCGGCACUGCAGUUAACCUCCACUGUCGGACGCCUGCGUAAAUCUGGAAGGAAGAAGUGACUUUUAUUGGACUUUAGACAUUUUGUAAAUAGAAUACAAGAAGAAUACAAGAGAGAAUAUUUUCAAAUGUUGAUCAUUUGCUGAUUAUUUAUUGCUUCCUGUGAUUGCAUUACUGUGUUUUACUACUAAGCUUUAACUUUUCAUUUCAAGGACUGCAUGGCUGGUUUUUAAAGCUUGCAAGUGCAUCUUUUUAAAUUCAGUGAAACACAAGGGGGCACACUUUCACCAGUUAUUUCAGGCACAAACAGACAGCACAAAUUAUACAUUGUACAGUCAUCUCAGAUCUCUGUCUGCAAUGACAGGCCGUGGCCCUGAUCUUUUCCUUUCAAUCAACUUUAUAGGAGGAAAGGGAUGAACAGGCUCCUAAAACAUAUGGCCCAUAAAUGUGUUUCUUUAAGAUCAGAACAGUCAGUCAACUUGUGUCUGAAGAAUGACAUUUUUAGAGUAAGUUAGAGAGUUAAUUUCACCAACCUCCUUUUUGCACUUGAAAAUUAUAAUGUAAUGUUUUUAUUUAUUUUUUAUUAUUGUACUACUUAUAAAACAUAUCCAAUGUCUGUUACAACUCUUUUAACAAGUGUACAUUUAUCAACGACUGCUUAGUGAAUAUGUUCUUCUAAGGUGCAGGAGGAACAGGUUACAGGUUAAGAAGUCCCAGACUUUUUCUCUUUUUCACAACUAUUUUUCGUUCCGUCUCUCUCUAUCAGACUCUGCGAUGACUUGAGCCCUUCAAAGCAGGGAUUUUAGGUUCAGGGGCGGGGGGGGGGGAGGAAGGUAGAAGGGGGCAGUGGAGGUCAACGCCGGAAGCGUUUCUGUUAUUACUAAAAACUGAGCAGUCCUCUAGACCUUUUUGAAAGACAUGAAUGUCUUUGAUCCAAAUUCAAUUACCCUACAGCUUCAACACUGAUAGCAUGGAAGUCGACAUAGUAUUCUCCACCAGAUUCCCGACUUUUCUUACCAGAGCAAACAGGAUUUCUGAUGAGAAUCAAUUCAUUCAUGGCCGCUGUUAAGUGCUAAUUGUAGGGAGUCAGUACAGUAUGCAUGACGUGGAUGUCACUUGACCAUGGACUUGCCUACCAUCUGCCAGAUCCUGCAUCUGUCUGAUUCACUCACACUGGGUCAGUGAUUGGGAGAGGUGGGGCUGACCCCAAGGGGGAUCUGGGAUGAAAGGAAUGUAAGCUGAACACUGCAGGAUCCGAGCUGUCACAACACCAAAGACACAAACACACCAUGUCUGGAUGGAUGGAGGGAUGUAAAGACUGUGGGAGGAGAGAUGUUGUGUGUUUGGUUAUUUGAAGUUAGUGACAAGAGCUUUGAAUAAAAAAAAAUUAAAAAAAAUGUUAUGA